AUGUCUGCUCCGUUGAACGCGAAUGCACAGGAAUGGCGGCCGAGGGAUGAGCUUGCAUCAUUUAUGCUGCCCGCAUCGACAUGUGCCGAGGAGGGAAGCGCCUCGGCUGAAGGAGGAACAACGGCGGCGUCUGCUGCUGUGGCCGACGACACAAGCUCCACAAAGCAGUUCCCAUUACCAAUGCAGGCAGAGCCCUUGAUGACCACAGAGCCCCCGGCGUAUUACCCAUCCUUUACCCAAGCAGGGGCGUCUACCGAUGCUUCCGUCGACGGGGUACUGGAGGGCGUGAACUGGACCGAGGAGUUUGAGCGUGUUAUGGCGCUCACAAAGGAGCUGAUCGAGCGACAGAUGGACGGUGAAAUGGACCUCACAAAAAAAGUGGAAACCAGCCAGAGUGGCUUCCCCAAACAGUCCUUUAACCCCAGCAUUGAACAGACACCCCCUCGAAAGGUUCCCAGUGCACCAGCAACAGCAACGGUGGAUGCAAAUAAGUACCCUCCACUGCCGGGUGCCGACGAGGUGCGUCCACUAGUGAGCGGUAGGUGGGUCAACGCGGCGACGGCGCUAAAGCCAAAGGUCAACAAUGCCCAUACGAAAAAUAGCCCUGGCGGAGGUGAGACGAGCAUCGAUGCUGUUGGAACUGUUUCUGCUCCUGCAGUUGCAGCUGCUGAGCCUGAGUUUGACGAGCACGGACGACUUCUCCCGCCGCUCACCUCGAAAGGUAACCGUCGGUGGAAGAAGCCUACAAAGGCGCAACAGAAGCGUGAGUUCGCGCAAAAGAACGCCUUUGAAGCCUUUGCGAACGCCCUUCUCCACAGCGUCUCUCCGUUUAUGGCGCCACUUCGCGAGCGGUGUAAGACGUCACUUCCUCACAUCAAGGUGGAUCAGCGGUUUGGUAAGAGCGGGCAACCGCAGACAGCGGUGGCGCAGUUUGUUGUGGCGCCGCUGGUGAUGAAUUAUCGACCGCGGCACUUCCAUGAUCUCACGCCUGGUGACUUGAUGGAGUUCCACUACGACUUUGCGCAGGUGCUGAAGCAGCUCAAGUCGGCGACGGAUAUCCGCCUUGGCUACGGCCCGGUGUGGAAGCGCUAUGCGGUGCCGUUCUGUUACGUCAACUGCAGGGAGUACCGACAGGAGGUGCUGAGCCUGUGCCCCGAGGAGGUCCCCAAUAUGCGCGCGGAGGCGAUGUACGAGGACGACAUCGUGAAGGACAUCACGGAGGUGGUGCUUGCCGUGCAGGAGCUUGAGCCGCUGCAAAACAUGUCGAUUGUUCAGGCAAUGAGUCGACGCGUGAAUCUUGCCCCCCUCUUCGACGCAUUCGAUGCGAUCUUUCAGCCCAUCGAGAACUAUCGCAUCAUCAUUGGCGACCUGCACCGUGUGCCGUCGACGUUUCUCAUCCAGACGUCUCAACUUGAGCUGGAGCAGAAGCCGUCCCCGCUUGUGCUGUUCAACGACCCGCGGCUGUGGUACGAGCUGCCGUUAGUCAGCCGCGUACGGGUGGACGAGAGAAGUGAGGCGGGUGCUUCUCAGCACCACACAGCGGAUGCGAAGGGGGACGCCGAGACAACAACAAAGUCACCACUACCACAAUCAGCAGCAGCGAACGCCACGAAACAUGGCGGCCUCUCCGAGGCGAAGCGCGGUGCGUUGGGCACCAACGGGACUGGGACGGAAAAGAAGCCGCGGCGGCGUGACAACUCGUUGCAGAGUUCGUCAAGUACACUCGCGGUGGUGGCACCAGUGGUGGGGAGCGUUCUGUGCUUUGUUGCCACGGCGUACAUUUUGUGGAAGCGGCAGCGAGCCAAACAAUAA